AUGGCGGAUAUCCUAGGGCGGAACGUGACCCUCAAUGCCUCAAUCAUCCUGAUGCUCAUCGGCAGCGCGCUAUGCACUGGUGCACCGACCCAUGCAUUCCCCGUCUUGCUGCUCGGCCGAGCAUUCCAAGGGCUGGCCGCGGCCGGGUUAAACGUGGUUGUUCACACGAUUCUGGCAGAUCGGGUGUCGUUGCAGGAAAAUGCCAGAAAUUGGACGCUCUUUUCAUUCAUCGGCGGCAUUUCAUAUGCUCUAGGACCUGUUAUUGGAGGGUACCUCACAAACGCCAAUUGGAGGUGGUGCUUUGCCAUUAAUUUGCCAGUGGCGUUUGCUGCCAUCAUCAUCACCUUCGUGGUGUUGCGAAAAGAACUUCUAGGCCCCCAACCUAUCCCCGAGCUUGACGAAACAACUGAGACUGGCCGACGGACCCAACUGGCUGCCCGGCUCAAAACCGUGGAUGUUGGAGGCCAAGUCCUCUUCCUGGUUGGGUUUGGACUGAUUAUCCUCGCCUUGACCUGGGGCGGGGCUACAUACCCCUGGCACUCAGCUGCCAUCAUUGUUUCCUUGGUGUUCGGUUUCAUUUUCAUAGGAGCCUUCGUUUGUUGGGAAAGAUUGAUGGUACCGGGGAGUUUUCUCGCAGAAAAACUACCGCGGCAGAGGCCGAUGAUUCCUUGGGAUAUCUUGUCCCACCGAGAUAUUGGGCUGCUCUUCUACUCCGAGAUCACCUCCGGGAUGGCUAUGCAUGCAGUUCUAUACUACUGUAACAUCUAUUUCAUCGCCGUGAAGGAUUACACUGCAGACAAGGCGGGGGUGCAACUUCUAUACUUCACGCCAGGAAUUGCUGUCGGAAUUCUUCUGUGCUCCAUGAUCUGCUCUUCAUGGCCGAGAAUGACCUGGCCUGCAAUUUUCCUCGGGACCCUUGUGGAAGCUGUGGGCAUCGGUAUGAUGGCCUAUGCUUUGUACACCGAGUCCUCGCCAACCAUUUUUGGCAUGAUGGCACUUGUCGGUGCAGGAGGAGGGCUGCGGAUGAUGGCCUCUCCAUUACACGGCGUCGGUAUUUUCAGACAGAGCAGAGCAGCGGUUAUUGGCCUGUUGACAUUUGCCACUCCAUUGGGGGGGACCAUUGGCUUGACAAUUAUGUCGACUGUUUUCAACAACGUCUCCAAUUUGGAGACCAGCGGCGACUUCUCAGCUAUCCGGAAUAUGGACCCGAUCGCCCAGCAAGCAGCUAAGCAUUCAGCCAAGAUGGGCGUGGUAUGGGCGUUUGUUGCUCUCACACCAUUGAUGGUCCUUGCCUUCCUCUGCUCCCUCCUUCUCGGAAAUGUCACAGUUGCCGGAAAGAGUAACCCCGGGGCGGACGAGGACCAGCACAUCGUGAUGGAGGAAAUAUUUCUCAUCUCACUCCUCCGUGGGCGGUUAAAUCGAAACUCUUACGAUAGAGCCGUAAGACUGCACAGCUCCGAUCGAGGGGCCGACGUCGAACAAAUCCCAAUGACCCUUAGGAAAUAA